CCGUUUAUCUGGAUCUAAAAGAACCCUCCGACAUCUUCAUAAUGCACCAGGUUCAUGUUGAAAUGAAGAACUCUAAAGGACUUUUGACUUCUCCAUCCAGAUAUUAAAAGAUCACAUCAAUCAAACAGAGAUCCAUUUUAAUUGGACGAUUAUUUAAACCCAGCUGAACUCUUUGAAGACUCUUCUGAAUAUCAUGCAAACACAAACUGGAGUUUUUUUUAUGAAACCAGAGUCUCUAAAAAUACUUCCGGACAAAAUUACAUCACCUGAGAACCACCAGACCGAUAUUUGGGACCUUUAAAGUAACUGUUGUUUUUAUCGUGACCCGGCGCUGCUAGCGAGCCUCGGCAGCGCUCCGGGACCGCCAUGGCGGGGGGAGUGGCGGCAUGGCUGCCUUUGGCCCGCGCGGCGGCCAUUGGCUGGAUGCCGGUGGCCAGCACGCCGAUGCCGGUGCAGCCGAAGGACAAGCGGCGCGCGCAGCCCGCCGGGCUCAUCGUGCUCAACGUCAGCGGCACAAAGUUCCAGACGUGGCGCGACACGCUGGAGAAGUUCCCCGACACGCUGCUGGGCAGCACGGAGCGAGACUUCUUCUUCCACGCCGACUCCAACGAGUACUUCUUCGACCGCGACCCCGACAUCUUCCGCCACAUCCUCAACUUCUACCGCACGGGCAAGCUGCACUACCCGCGCCAGGAGUGCAUCUCGGCGUACGACGAGGAGCUGGCGUUCUUCGGCAUCAUCCCCGAGAUCAUCGGCGACUGCUGCUACGAGGAAUACAAGGACCGGCGCCGCGAGAACCAAGAGCGUAUCCAGGACGACGAGGAGAUGGACCCGGCCAACGACGUGGUCGUGGCCGACCUGAGCUUCCGGGAGACCAUGUGGCGAGCCUUCGAGAACCCGCACACCUCCACCAUGGCGCUGGUCUUCUACUACGUCACCGGCUUCUUCAUCGCCGUGUCGGUGCUCGCCAACGUGGUGGAGACCGUGCCGUGCGGGCCGGGGCCGAACCGCGCCGCCGAGGUGUCUUGCGGCGAGCGGUACGCGCUGGCGUUCUUCUGCCUGGACACGGCGUGCGUGCUGAUCUUCACGGUGGAGUACCUGCUGCGCCUGGCGGUGGCGCCGAGCCGCUACAAGUUUGUGAAGAGCGUGAUGUCGGUGAUCGACGUGGUGGCCAUCAUGCCGUACUACAUCGGCCUGGUCAUGACGGACAACGAGGACGUGAGCGGCGCCUUCGUGACGCUGAGGGUCUUCCGCGUGUUUCGGAUCUUCAAGUUCUCGCGGCACUCGGCCGGGCUGCGCAUCCUGGGCUACACGCUGAAGAGCUGCGCGUCGGAGCUGGGCUUCCUGCUCUUCUCCCUCACCAUGGCCAUCAUCAUCUUCGCCACCGUCAUGUUCUACGCCGAGAAGGGCUCCAGCGCCAGCAAGUUCACCAGCAUCCCCGCAGCCUUCUGGUACACCAUCGUCACCAUGACUACGCUCGGCCUCCACACAAACUGCUGAUGUCAGCGUCGGUGUCAUCAGGUUUCUCUCUGUGUCACCUGAGAUC